AUGAAGAUCAAAGACCUCACCCCAAACUUGAUAUUGCACUAUAUGGUAAUGGCACUAAGACCGGGACCGUUUGCUGACGAACUAGCCAUGCGCCCGCCCUUGGGAAUGCAAGAGCUGCGAAAAAGAGCAUCGAUGUUCAUCAGAGUCGAGGAGAUUCGGCAUUACCAAGACAGGGUCCGGACCACCCCAACCCACCUGGAAGCUAAGAGGGGCGAGAUUCCAAAACCCACCAAACCCGACCUAAGCAAGUAUUGCCACUACCACCGCAACAAUUGCCACACAACAGAGGAAUGUGAGACUCUUCGCGACAAAAUAGAAGAACUUGUACGGGCCGGACACCUGCGGCACUAUGUUAAAAACACAACCGAAGGGAACCCUAGGACCCAAUACGAGAAGUAUCCACGCAGGAACAUUCCACGAAGGGAUGACCCGAGAAACGAACCAAGGGAACCCAGACAAGAACCUAGGAAAGCACAAAUUCUGAGUGAAGGAGGGAGGAACCACCUCAAGGGGGGAGGCGCCCAGAAGAAAGACCCCCCUGAGAGGAACGAUAAACACCAUAUCAGGAGGGUUUGCGGAGGUGGAUGUUCCUCCUCUUCUAGAAAAAAGCACCUGAGGGCAGUCCAGUCUGUCUACGCCGUCUACAGGGGACCUAGGAGAAGAAUGCCACCAAUCACUUUCAGCGACUCUGACUUCCGAGGAGUCGACCCCAACCAAGAUGACCCUGUGGUCAUAACCAUAGAACUCGAAAACUUCGUCGUAAAGAAGGUGCUAAUCGACCAAGGAAGCUUGGUAGAUAUCAUAUACUGGAAGACCUUCCAACAACUCCAGAUCCCCGCUGAAGAACUGACCCCAUACGACGAACCCAUAUACGAAUUUUCUGGCGAAAGGGUGCCAACCCGAGGAUAUGAUGAAAGCAGGUUUUGUUGA